AUGCUCGCCCCUAAGCACAACGACAUCACGGGUAUUCUCGUUGCCCUCAUCACACCUUUCAAGCCUGAUGGGUUCGUCGACGAGACUGCCCUUGCAGAGCAUGUGAACCGACAAAUCGAAGCCGGCGUUCACGGCCUUGUCCCAGGGGGUAGUACCGGAGAAUUUACCGCCCUUACGGUUCAGGAACGUAAGACCGUCAUCGAGGUCUGUGUUAAAGCGGCUGCUGGUCGCGUUCCUGUUAUUGCUGGAGCUGGCGACUUGACCACUACCGGCGCAAUCGACCACGCAGUUCAUGCUGCAAAGGUUGGCGCUAAGGCCGUCAUGGUUGUGCCCCCUUUCUACGACCCUCCCAACCUCCAGCAGCUUCGCGGUCUGCUUCAGGAAAUCCAUAGCGCUAGUGGUCUCCCUAUUGUGUACUACAAUAUCCCAUCUGCCAGUGGUGUCAACCUUUCGGUGGAGGAAAUUGCCGGCCUCUCGGAGGUUGGUGUUAAGUACAUGAAGGACACCUCCGGCAAUGCUCCGGCCCUCACCGAGCUUCUUCUCACUACCGGAGAUCGCAUUACGACUUUUAACGGCUGGGACACCCUGACAUUCUACGGAUUGGCGGCCGGAGCUACCGGAUCUGUGUGGGGUGCGACCAACAUCAUUCCCGAGCUCUCUGUCGAGCUCUGGAAUGCUCUUGCAGUUGAAAAUGAUAUUCAAAAGGGUCGAGAGGUUUGGGCUAAGAUUUGGCCCAUUACCAAAUUCCUUGAGUCACACCAUUACUCAUCGGCUGUUAAGACGGGCAUGGAAGUGCGCGGUUGGAAGACGGGUGGGGUCAGGAAGCCGUUUGCUCUCCUGGAAGAUAACCACAAGGCAGAGCUAGCUGCUCUGCUCAAGAAGGCUGGCGUUCCUUUUUAA